UCUGCCACUCAUAAGAUGGCGCCCGGCGCCGCCCUCCCCUCCCGGCCGGCUCAGGCCACUCCCAAGAUGGCGCCGCUCCGCCGCUCCCCUGCCUACGGUGGCCGGGAGGGGCCGCGCUUCCGCCGCGCCUGCGCAGCGCGGCGCACCGUGACUAAGAUGGAGGUGCAGGGAGCGCGGGCGCCGCCGCCGUUCUGGGCCGACGGCCCGGCCCCGGGACAGACGUACAUCCCCCGAGGGCCCGGCCCCGCCGCCGGCCUCAAGCCCUUCACCCGGACGCUGAGCCCGAUGGUGACGGGCACCUCGGUGCUGGGGGUGAAGUUCUCCGGGGGGGUGAUCAUCGCUGCCGACAUGAUGGGCUCCUACGGCUCCCUCGCCCGCUUCCGUGGCAUCUCCCGGCUCCUGAAGGUGAACGACAGCACCGUCCUGGGGGCCUCGGGGGACUACGCCGACUUCCAGUACCUCAAGCAGAUCAUCGACCAGAUGGUCAUCGAUGAGGAGCUGUUGGGGGACGGUCACAGCUACAGCCCCAAAGCCAUCCAUUCCUGGCUGACCAGAGUCAUGUACAACCGAAGGUCCAAGAUCAAUCCCCUCUGGAACACCGUGGUCAUCGGGGGCUGCUACAACGGCGAGAGCUUCCUGGGAUACGUGGACAUGCUCGGCGUCGCCUACGAGGCCCCGACGCUCGCUACGGGCUACGGAGCGUACCUGGCUCAGCCGCUGAUGAGAGAAUUCUUGGAGAAGAAGCCCAGCCCGACGAAGGAGGAAGCCCGGGACCUGAUUGAGCGCUGCAUGAAAAUUUUGUAUUACAGAGAUGCUCGGUCUUUUAACAGGUAUGAACUCUCCAUCGUGACGGAGAAGGGGGUGGAGCUGGAGGGGCCCCUGACGCUGGAGGCCAACUGGGACAUCGCGCACCUCGUCAGCGGCUUCGAGUGAUCCCGCCGAGCUGCCGCCUCCGCCAUCGCCCUCGUCUGUCCGUAAAUCCCUGACUCCUUUUUAUUUUCCUUCUUUUUUGAAACAAAAUAAACCUGUUGAGAGAA